AAUUAAGACUGUCCAGUCACUUCCCUCUUGAACAUUAACCUCACUCUCCAAAACUGACCCUCUUUAUCAUCUAAAACUGGGUUUUCUCCUUCAUCUAAGUUCCUAGAAUCUAACAUGCUGGGACAUCUUUGGAGAAGAACCCUUUUAUGAAAUGGGAAAACCUAAGCUUUAAGGUUAUGGAGUUUCAGGAAAAUGUGGGACUCUGGGGUGGGCGGGGGCGGCGUUGUUGUAGUGGGAAGUGAAAAAACAAUGUUGUUAAAGUUGCAAAUUUGGAAGAGAUGUGUAGGUAAUUAAUAUGUUUCUUUCAAAUAGACAAAAUCAAAAACUCAAGACCUCUUAUUAAUUUCACAAACGACGGCGUUUCAGAUUGGUUAAAUGAAACACGACUGUUAAGAAUCACCAUUAUCCAUUUCAUAGCCUCUGACAUAUUUUCUUCGUCUUCCCUUUAUCUUCCACGUGAUAAGCUCUCUGAUUGUCUUUUGAUACGAAGCCAUGGCCGAAGUUUCUAGAAUUUUGCACACCACUCUCCUUCCCACCUUCUCUCAUUUCUACAACAACCCAAAUUCUCACACUUCCUUCACAACUUUCCCGCGGAAAAGACAUGUACUUCAGUGUUCAGUCUCAACAACAAACGAAACAACCACUUCCAAAGCGACUGUGACCCAGAAGGUCAUUACGUGGGGAUGUGACGUAGAUUCGUUGGAGAACUCUUCUGAUCUUCAAAAGUGGCUGUCUGAGUCGGGACUCCCUCCUCAGAAAAUGGGCAUACAAAAAGUCGAUGUGGGAGAGAGAGGUUUAGUCGCCUUGAAGAAUAUUAGGAAGGGUGAGAAGUUACUUUUUGUUCCACCUUCUCUUUUUAUCACCGCUGACUCGGAAUGGAGCUGUCCACAGGCUGGUGAAGUGUUGAAACAGCAUUCCGUACCUGAUUGGCCUUUGCUUGCUACCUAUUUGAUUAGUGAAGCAAGUCUCCAGAGAUCUUCAAGAUGGAGCAAUUAUAUCUCAGCCUUGCCUCGACAGCCAUAUUCACUUCUGUAUUGGACACGUGCUGAACUAGAUAGGUAUCUGGAAGCAUCGCAGAUUAGAGAACGGGCAAUUGAAAGGAUUACCAAUGUUAUUGGAACAUACAAUGAUUUGAGGCUGAGGAUAUUUUCCAAGUAUCCUGAUCUGUUCCCUGAAGAGAUAUUCAAUAUAGAAACCUUCAAAUGGUCAUUUGGUAUUCUUUUCUCACGCUUGGUUCGAUUGCCCUCAAUGGAUGGAAGGGUUGCCUUGGUUCCCUGGGCAGAUAUGCUCAAUCAUAGUUGUGAGGUGAAGACAUUUUUGGAUUUUGAUAAAUCUUCUCAGGGAGUUGUGUUUACUACUGAUCGGUCAUAUCAGCCAGGUGAGCAGGUUUUCAUAUCGUAUGGCAAGAAAUCUAAUGGAGAACUUUUGCUGUCAUAUGGAUUUGUUCCAAGGGAGGGAACCAACCCUAAUGAUUCGGUAGAGUUGCCAUUGUCACUUAAUAAAUCAGACAAAUGCUAUGAGGAGAAGUUAGAAGCUCUGAGGAAGCACGGAUUGUCAGCAUCUGAGUGUUACCCCAUACAAAUCAUUGGAUGGCCGGUAGAGUUAAUGGCAUACGCUUAUUUAGUGGUCAGCCCACCGACUAUGAGGGGGCAGUUUCUAGAGAUGGCUGCUGCAGCAUCAAACAAGACAACCUCUAAGAAGGAUAUAAAAUACCCUGAAAUUGAGGAAGAAGCAUUACAGUUCAUCUUGGAUAGAUGUGAAUCAAGCAUCUCCAAGUACUCAAAAUUUUUACAGGAAAGUGGAUCAAUGGAUUUGGAUGUAACAUCUCCGAAGCAACUCAACCGAAGGGUGUUUCUAAAACAGCUAGCAGUGGACUUGUGCACUAGUGAGCGGAGAAUACUAUUCCGUGCACAAUAUAUACUUAGAAGGAGACUGAGGGAUAUAAGGAGUGGCGAACUAAGAGCUCUAAGACUAUUUGACAAUUUCAGGAAGCUUUUUAAAUGAGUGUUUCCCUGUUUUGUAAGCAACAAGAUGCUUUUUAAACGGGUGUUUACCUGUGUUGUAAGCGGCAAGAUGUUCAUCAGAAAUACUUGCUUUUUAGGCUAUUGCUUUGUCUCAGUUUGCAAUGGAAGUUAUGCCAACUUUCAUGUCC